ACGCACUCCCAACUGCAGCUUACUCACUUUCCCGAGACAGUUCUACCCCGCUAUCACAGAGUAAACUGAUAGAUGCUUUGUCGCAACUGGUUCCUCAUCCCCUUGCCUGGCCGUAAUAACAUAUAUAAAGAGUGUGACCAUACCGACACAUAUUGACUCACCAAAACAUCGCAACAAAUCUGCUCAGAACCGGAACUCUAUCUGCCGCCACUGCUGCAAGGACCAAUUUUCAAGCUCUUCCCAGACUUCUUGUUAGCAGCUUCACCACCAUACCUAUCAAGAUGUUUGACCUUCCCAAGCAGCAAAGAGCAGUCAUUCUCAAUACUAGAACCAACCGUCUUUUUUUCACCAAUAACGCUCCGGUUCUCACCUCUGCAGAGGAGCUCUUGAUCAAAGUCCACAGCGCCGCAAUCACAAACGGCGAGCUAACAUGGGGGCCGUUUCUCAACUGGCCUGAGGAGCAAAUCCCUUGCUACGACGUCAGCGGGACCGUGGUUUCUCUUCCGGCUGCACCUGCCUCAUCUCACCGCUUGAAAGAAGGCGACAAAAUCUUUGGAAGAAUCAUGGCAAGUCGCCAAGGCGCAGCUCAGGAAUAUGCCAAUAUCCUACCCUCUGAAGCCGUGCUAGUGCCGAAUGGUCUCGAUAUGGACAGCGCUGCAUGUAUUCCAAUGAGUGCACAUACAGCUUGGCAAGCGAUCUUUGAGAAAGGCCUCCUGACCGGCUCCUUCUUACCGACUUCAGUACCACACGUCAACUCUGCCGGCAAAGCCGUCCUCAAUCAAGCAAAGGGAAAGCGUGUUCUGAUCCUUGGUGCAGCUGGCGGGGUAGGCAUAUUGGCCGUCCAGUUUGCCAAGUUGGCGGGCUCAUUUGUCGCUGGCACCGCGAGUGGGAAGAACGAGCAGUUUCUGAAGAGCUUGGAUAUUGAUGAAGUAGUUGACUAUACACAGCUCUCCGUCGCCCAAUACGUUUCCUCUAAUGACAAAUUUGAUAUUGUCUUCGACUGCGUAGGUGGCAAGUCGAUGCUUGAUGGCUGGACUGGUAUCAAAGAUGGCGGAGUGUAUGUUUCUGUUGUUCCGGGGUUUACAGAGCCUGAAGGUGGCAAGCCGGUUGAUGUGAGGGCCGAAUGGUUUGUUAUGGAGCCGAGGAGCGAGGAGUUGGCGGAGAUCAGCAAGUUCUUUGAGAAAGGGAUGCUGAGGACAAAUGUGGAUAGUGUGUGGAAGCUUGAGGACUUUGAUGAGGCGUUCAAAAAGACGGCAACUGGACAUGCAAGGGGAAAGGUCGUGCUCAAGGUUAGUGAUGUGGAGUAGUCCUGUUUCAAAAAUCUGUUGUUGAGCUGGUGAAAUUGGUUCUGCUAUUUUGUUGCGGUAUCGGUUGGUCCGUACAGUGUCUAUGUGACGGUUUAUGGAGUAUGGAGAUCAUGUGUGCCAGGUGCGUUGGUGCAGUGCUCCUGCUCUUGACUGCACGAGAUAUACGUC